AGUGUCGUCAGUGGACUCAUUCAGCGCGGUCAGUCAAGCGGAAGUUGAAACGCGGUAACAGUGCGCUUUAGUGCAACGCGUCACGCACAACAAUUUCCGUUUGCAAUAAAAAUAAUUUCACUUUCCCCACGCCGUAAGAGUGCAAAGCGAACGCAAUGCAUGUGGAAUGUAACGCGCAACGCGUUCUGAGCGCGCGAAUGCCCACCGCCGCUCUAUUGCUGGCGGCAUUUAUGCUGCAGCGCUUCAGCGUGUGCGUUGCUAUAGCUGUAGAUACGGCGGAUGGUGGCAGCAGUAAGCUACAGUUUGAGCAGCCAGCUCAACCGCUGCAGGAUCACACGCAGACGUAUUAUUUGCCAAAUCGCACGGGAAUUGUGCAACUCUUCGAAUGGAAGUUCGCCGAUAUAGCGACCGAGUGUGAACAGUUUUUGGGUCCGCAUGGUUAUGCGGGUGUACAGGUUUCGCCCGUUGCGGAGCAUUUGGUUGUGCGUUCUGAGUCUCUGCAGCAACCGUGGUGGGAACGUUAUCAACCGGUCUCAUUACAAAUUGUGUCGCGCUCUGGCGGCGAAGCGGAGUUUCAACAAAUGACACAAGCUUGUAAUGCCGCCGGUGUGCGCGUCUAUGUCGAUGUAGUGCUCAAUCAUAUGGCAGGCGCUUACAAUGAGGCGACAGCUAGUGGUCAGCAGUUGCUUGAGGGUUUUGCCGGUUCGACUGCCAAUGCCAGUUCGUAUGAAUUUACUGCGUUGUCAUUUUCUAGUCGUCACUUUCAUAAACCAUGUACGUUGACGAAUUAUCUGGAUGCGCAUGUGGUGCGCAAUUGCGAGCUUAAUGGUUGGCCCGAUCUAAAUCAUUAUCGUCUGGAUGUACGCGCAAAUUUGACGGAUUUUCUGAAUCGACUAGUGGACUUAGGUGUAGCGGGUUUUCGUGUGGAUUCGGCGAAAUAUAUUUGGCCCAUUGACAUUAAGUUACUAUUCCAAGGCGUUAAAAAUCUGAAUAACGAGGCUUUUGAUUUUCCCGAAAACGCGCGACCAUUUGUUUACCAAGAUGUCGUAGAUUUGGGAGUUGACUCCGUGUCAAAAACGGAGUACUCCAGCUACGGCAUGGUCACUGACUAUUUGUAUGCCGCCGUAUUAGCCAACAUUAUCAACGGCAAAGCGCCGCUGAGCACACUAAUAAAUUGGGGCCCGGCAAUGGGCUUCCUGCCACAUCAGCAGGCGCUCGUCUUCGUUGACAGUCAUGAUGGACAGCGAGACCAUAACCUUUUGGGCGCUAAUCAGCUGAUCUCCUACAAACAACCAAGGAAAUAUAUCAUAGCAACCGCAUUCAUGUUGGCACAUCCAUAUGGUCGGGUUAAACGGAUUAUGAGCUCAUAUUACUUUGCUGCACAGCAUCCAGAACAAGGACCGCCAUUCGAAGAAGACAAGCAGACAGAGGCUGAUGCUGAGGCAGAUGCCAGUGAGGUAGCGGAAGAGAAUGUAGAACCAGCGGAAGGUGACGAAGAGGCAGUUGAGGUAGCUGAGAAUGAGGCGGAGGGAGAAAAUGAAGAAACAGAAGUGGAAAAUGAGGCAGAAGAAGUGGAUGAUAGCGUAGUAGCAGAGGGUGAUGAAACAGCUGAAAAUGCUGUUGCGAGCUCAUCACAUAUACGUUCACCGACUUUUGAUGCGGCAACUGGACGCUGUGAGUACGCCUCUGGUUGGGUUUGUGAACAUCGUUGGCCACCCAUUGUACAAAUGAUACAGUUGGUGAAUACGCUUAGCGAGUUGGAGGAUGGCGUCAUCAAUUUCCAAACGGAUGGUCCGAAUCACAUAGCCUUCUGUCGUGGCAACAAAGCAUUCUUUGUGUUUAACAGCGAUCUACAGUUGGCUUACGAUGCCGAUGUUGAGACUUGUCUACCGGGUGGUACGUAUUGUGAUGUGAUUAGUGGUGGACGUGCGGAGAAUGGUGUAUCUAGAACGGAUUGUGCAGGCAAGCGUAUUACAGUCGAUGCAGAGGGUAAAACGCAUAUAAUGCUGCCAGCUGUGUUGGGCGUUGAUGAAGAGGACGCUGCGGUCGGAAGUGAUUAUGAUGAAACGGAUGUGGAGGCGAAUGAUGCCUACGGAAUCGCAGCAGGCAUGGAUGGAGAAUUUGGUGUGCUAGCUAUAUAUGAAGGAUCGAGAAUAGAUAAAGAAGCGCAGACAGACGCCGGACAAACUUCGGUAGGUGCAGAUGAAGAUGAAACUGUAACCGAAGCAGUUGCAGAAGAUGAUAAAGAGGACGCAGCUGACGCGGAGAGUGUAACCGAAACUGUGGAUGUAACAAAAGAGGUUAUGUCGGCUGAAGAGUUGGAAGAUGAGGUGGCAGAGACAAAAAAGAACGCUAAGCUUGAGGAAGCGGCAACUGAUGCUAGCAUCGGAAAUGAGAAUGCAGAAGAUGAGACACCAGCAGAAGAUGCCACUACAGUUGAUGAAGUAGCUGAGGAACAAGUUAGUGAACAGGGAGAAGAUGAGCAGCCAACAGUUGACGGCGAAGAACCUACAGUAGAUGAUAACCAAGAAGAGAUACACGAAGCAGUUACAGAGCUAACUAAGGAAUUUGAGGUAGCCGUAGCUGAUGAGCCUGCAGCAACAGAAGCGAGUAAUAGCGAGAACACAUCAGACGAGGUAGUCGUAGAUCCUCCCACAAGUGAGGAAGCAAGUAAGGACGAUGAGACAGUGAGAGAGGAUGAAACAGCUACAACCGCAGUUAAUGCGGACCAAUUUGCUCCUAAUGUAACUGGACUGCGAGUUGGUUUAGUAAAUAUAGAGAAAGUCGUUAAAGACUUCGAGAAUACUGCGGGAGACGAUAAUGGAUCAGGAAUAGUGACAGGAGUUAAAGAGAUGACCGAUAGUGUUGUAGAGAAAACUAAAGAGGUCAUUGCCAAGGCCGGCUUCAAUAAUAUGGGCGCCCGCAGCACGCAAAGCAAUCAAUUUUGCAGUUUACUGAUACUAAUCAGUGCCAUUUUACUAAAUUUGUAGAGCACUUAAAGCAAGCGAAAUGAGAAAAGUGAAUUUUCAUUUUAUUCCAUUAAUUUAAUUUUCUUUUAUUAUAAAUUUGCUGCCAUUUGCACAAAAUAAAUGUAAAAGAAAAUAGAAAA